AUGAGCAGCAAUUUAGGCGAAUCAAGAACUGAUCUUUUGAACUGGUUGAACGAAUUGCUCAGAUUAAACUACAAGAAAGUAGAGGAAUGUGGUACGGGUGCCGCUUACUGUCAAAUCUUGGAUUCAAUUUAUGGAGACAUUCCAAUGCAUAGAGUUAAAUUCGAUGCUACCGCAGAAUAUGAAUUUUAUACGAACUACAAAAUCUUACAAAGCUGUUUUGCAAGGCACCAUAUAGAAAAAACAGUCAAUGUUGAGAGGUUAGUUAAAUGCAGAUUUCAAGAUAAUUUGGAGUUUUUACAGUGGAUUAAAAAACAUUGGGUUCAAAAUAAGGAUAGUUCCGAUUAUGAUGCAGAGUCACGAAGGAAAUAUAGGAGAGUAAGUGGUGGAAUAUCAACAUCGACAUCUUCCGCUUCAUCCUCUAACACUUCCAUUGCAUCUGGAAAUGGAAUAAGUGUAACGAAACGAAGAAAUAAUGGGUUAGGUUCACAAUCGACAACGUCGAGUAUGCGUUCAUCUUAUACUAACAAUAGGAAGGUUUCGAACGAACAAUUGCUAGCCACACAAGCUGAAUUAACACAGUUGAAAACUCAAGUCUCUAAUUUAAAUCAAAAUAUUGACCAAUUUAAGGAAACAACAAAUGUACUUGAAAGAGAACGUGAUUUCUACUUUGGAAAGUUGAGAGACAUUGAAAUCUUGGUUCAGUCGACCUCAGAUCUGAUUAGUGAGGGUGUCUAUACAAACGGUCAAACCGAUGAACUCGAUAGAUUUCUCAACAAAGUACAACAAAUAUUAUACGCUACAGAAGAAUCCACCUUUGGAUCUAAUAAUAUAGAUAUUGAAGUUGAAACUAAGCAAACACAGGAACUUCCAGUCACCGAUCUUCCCGAUCAAAAGAGUUAUAUUGAUAACGAUGACAUAUCAGUUAAACCGGCUCUUCCUACACAAAAUCUAAUAAUCGAUGAUGAAACAUUUUAA